AUGCCUGCCGGUGAAGGAGCAACAUGUGAGUUCUGCGUGGGUGAAUGGCGCUGUGAUGUCCUUGCUUGCUGACCCUGUCUCGCUACCGCUCUUCCUGCACUCGCUCGGUCCGACUUGGGCUUCGCACCCGAACGCGUCGUCGCGUCGAAUCGCCGAAUCGCGUCGCCAUUCCAACCCCCGUCGCGUGCGCCAUUGCGACUGAUCCCUACACCGAUCCGACGCCGUGCGCAUGCCCUGUUGCCACGUAUGACCGAUCGCAAUUCUAGACGAGGACUACGUUGACCGAAUCGUACGUUUGAUAUCUGGAGCGGUCAACUGAUAUGGGUGGCUGUAACACCUCAGCGUGCCAGACUGACCUGAAUCGGUUCCUGUUCUCUUCGCCUUGCCUUACCUUGCGUUGCUGCAUCAUCGGCCCCUCUUUUCAAACAUCAUGGCGACACGGUAACGCAUACAGCACUACUCGGAUCGAUAUUCGGACGAUACAUAUGAGUACCGGCACGUGAUUCUGCCCAAGGUCAGUCGCUUUGCACCACUCGACAGUCGGGGAACUCGGGGCAUUCCUCCACUGCGUUCGAAUUGGCACUGACUUGAACCAUCUUGACGAUGCAGGGACUACUCAAACUCAGUCAGUUGUCAUGGGUCAUGCGUGGCAGCCAUGUUUCACUGCGAAGUGGGUCAUGUACUGACCUUCCGACGACUUCCGACGACUUCUGCGUUCUCACUCGGCUACCGCGCACCGGCUACGACCUCACUAGUCCCUGCAAGUGUGAGUUAUGCCCGCCUUCAAGCAAUCUUUUUGUUCUCGGAGCUGACACGCAAGCUGACUUCUGUUGCCAGUACUUUCAACCUGAUGGCCAAGUAUUGCGACUGCUGACCGAUUCGGAGUGGCGAGGCAUCGGUACGCCAGGCUCGCUGCCUCUUCCUGUGGGGUUUGCAACUGAUUUCCUUCGAUACGGGAUGAAACAAAUAGGCAUUCAACAAUCACUGGGAUGGUCGCACUUCGAAUGCCACGCACCGGAACCGCACAUCGUAAGUUCUAGAACCGAGUCGUUUUUGCCAGUCGAGUCCUGACCGUCUGAAGUUCGAUCCUGAUCGCCAUCGUUGUGUACAGCUCUUGUUCCGACGCGAAAAAGACUAUCAAGCCAAAUAUCCGAAUGGAAAACCGCAGUGA